GAGGUUAGCUUUGGUCAGUAUCUCCAGAACGCCAUUGAAGUCGGGAUCCUGUCUAUUUAACGCUCCCUCCCGAGUGCACACCUCUCCCGCGCCAGACACAAAUACCUCUGCGAAUAAUUGGGCCGCUGCCGCCCCUCCUGCCUACAAUGAGCCCAUCGGCGUCCGAGGCCGCUGCCAAAGCUGCUACAGUGGUCGCGGGCACUCACUCGUCGGCGAAAGACUUCAAAAAGGAGUCAACGGCGGCAAGGUUUCUAGGCGCAGGAUGUGCUGGCAUCGCUGAGCUGAUGGUCUUCCAUCCCGUUGAUACAACGGCGAAGCGGUUGAUGAGCAAUUACGGCAAGAUCUCAGCCUCGCAACUCAACUCGGUCAUCUUCAGAGACUACGCCCAAGCAUCGAUCCCCGCCCGCUUCCUGUCUCUGUUUCCGGGUCUGGGGUACGCGGCUGCGUACAAGGUGCUCCAACGUGUCUACAAAUAUGGCGGACAGCCAUUUGUACGGGACUUUCUAGCGAAGAACUACGGAGACGGCUUCGAUCGCACUUUUGGACGAGGCAAUGGCAAGGCGAUCAUGCAUGCCACUGCAGGCAGCCUGAUCGGCAUUGGUGAAAUUGUGAUAUUACCUUUAGAUGUUCUAAAAAUCAAACGACAAACCAACCCCGAAGCCUUCAGAGGGCGGGGGCUGUUCAGAAUCGUGGCCGACGAGGGUUUCGGCCUGUACCGUGGCUGGGGUUGGACAGCAGCACGCAACGCGCCUGGCUCGUUUGCACUUUUUGGAGGCUCGGCCGCCGCUAAGGAAUAUCUCUACAAACUGAAUGACUACAACGCUGCUACAUGGGGACAAAACUUUGUUGCUUCAAUCGCCGGCGCAAGUGCAUCCCUGGUCGUGUCGGCACCGCUAGAUGUAAUCAAGACGAGAAUUCAAAACAGGAACUUUGAGAACCCUGAGAGCGGCUUCCGGAUUGUUUCCAACAUGCUUAAGAAUGAAGGUUGGACUUCAUUCUUCAAAGGGCUGACGCCGAAGCUUCUUAUGACGGGUCCUAAGCUCGUGUUUUCGUUCUGGUUGGCCCAAACCCUCAUACCGACCUUCAACAGGAUGAUGUAGAUGGCGUCUUCUGAUUUGGAGUUGGCGAGGUGUAUUAAAAGGGUAGGACUACGGAUUACGUGCUUUGUAGGUGGCGUAUAUGUAAAUUCCGGGCUGGCUUGUGGGAAAACAGUUUACCAGUGUAUCUUAACUCUUUAUUUUGGAUCUGAG